CUGUUCUUAUUUCAAAUUGACAUAAUCCUGAUCUUGGUUAGGAUUUGGAUAAUUAUGUAAUUAAUUCCCUUGAUAAAUAAUUUAUUUAUUUUAUCAUUGAGAAGAGAAGCCCCUUUAUUACCAUGAAAAGGCCAUAGCAUAUCCAACAACAAUCGUGACAAAUAUCUCUCUCAUUACAUGUUCCAUCUUAAUCUUGGCUUCUCAUUACUGUCUUCUUAACUCCACACUUUAUAGCUUUUGUUGCUGAAAUCAUGAAAACCGUUAGACAUAAAUCAAAGGGUCCUUAGUACUAUUGUAUGAUAUCUCUCAUAUGAUCAACCAUUCAUAUCUCAGAUUCCACUGUGAUAUAUGCUUAAAAAUGGAAACAGGUGGAGUUGAUAGUAGUAUAUUGUCAUUGACUAUGAUGGAAGAGGCUGAACAUCAUCACCAUCAGUUUUCUUCAAUCUCAAAGCUACUCAACAAUGCUCCCACCACUACCAGUGUCCAUGAUCUUCUUGAAUGUCCGGUUUGCACCAAUUCAAUGUACCCUCCAAUCCAUCAGUGUCACAAUGGACAUACCCUUUGUUCAAAUUGUAAGACAAGGGUACACAACAGAUGUCCAACUUGCAGGCAAGAGCUAGGCGAUAUAAGGUGUUUAGCAUUGGAGAAAAUAGCAGAAUCACUUGAAUUUCCUUGUAGAUACAUAUCUCUUGGUUGUUCAGAGAUAUUUCCAUAUUUUAGCAAACUCAAACAUGAGUCUAUCUGUACCUUUAGACCAUACAAUUGCCCUUAUGCUGGAUCAGACUGUUCUGUUGUUGGAAAUAUUCCAUACCUUGUUGCCCAUUUAAGGGAUGACCAUGGGGUUGAUAUGCAUUCUGGAUGCACUUUUAACCAUCGUUAUGUCAAAUCAAAUCCUACGGAAGUAGAAAAUGCUACUUGGAUGCUAACGGUUUUCCAUUGUUUUGGUCAAUAUUUUUGUCUCCAUUUUGAAGCAUUCCAGCUUGAAACGUCACCUGUUUACAUGGCGUUUCUUCGAUUCAUGGGUGAUGACAGAGACGCCAAGAACUACAGCUACAGCUUAGAAGUGGGAGGAAAUGGACGUAAACUAACAUUUGAAGGGAGUCCAAGAAGCAUUAGAGAUAGUCACAAGAAAGUGAAGGAUAGUCAUGACGGCCUAAUCAUAUACCGUAACAUGGCACUUUUCUUCUCAGGUGGGGAUAGAAAAGAGUUGAAACUAAGAGUAACAGGAAGGAUAUGGAAAGAGCAGCAAAACUCUGAAUGCACACCCAACAUGUGUAGCUAGGUUGUGCUAUUUCUUAUUGUAGAUUACUAGAUUUUGGAAAGUCUUAUCUAGUUAUCUUGGUGUAUGUUUUGUUAAUGGUUAUGGAGGUUUCAAUUUACAAAACACACUUCCCUUCUCAUGCCACUUUUCAUUUCGUGUUCAUAACAAGUAAUACAAGCAAGAAUCUUUACUUCUACA